UUUUUUUUUUCACCUUAAAAAAGGGAAGUGUAUCGUAAAAUAUGAUCUCAUGUUCAAUAGUUAUUAUUGUCAUUAAAUUUCUAUUAUGCUUUGAAUAUUAUCCUUUUAAAUAGUAUAUAUAACAUGUAGGGCUAGACUGUUUUUGCUUAUAUAUAGCAUCCUUGAUCAUACUCCCGUCUGUCUCACCCUCUUCCUUUCUUUUCGUUUUAUAUUUGCUUUAGCCAGAUCAACAUUGACCCUGUUAUUUUUUUUUUAAAACCGCACUAUCUAUAUUCCUAAAAAAGUACAAUUACUAAACUUGCUCAAUACGCCAUUUCAUGUCAUUUCCAGACCACAGAGCAUCCGCAAGUAUGAUACACAAGGAAAAUGAUUUUGUGGAAGCCAGGGGCACAGAUAUACGUCCAAGUAGUUACCCCAAGAUAACAGAUGUAAAUCUAUAUAUUCAGUAUGGAAGUAGCAACGAAAGGAAGGAGUUUCCAUCUGAGCAGUCUUCUAUAUCAGAUGGAGUAGGGUCUAGCCACACAGUCAUUAAUGAAUCUACGCAAGCUGUCUAUCAGUUAAAGCAUACAGGUGCUAAAUGCGAUAGCACCGAGCGUAAGCCGAAAUCUCAGGGGCUUCAAGAUAAUUCCUCUAUAGAGCUAAAGACAUAUCCUGUGGCGUGGUUAGUUCUUUGCCUUGUAGUACUGUUUCGUAUAGCCGUAGCAAUCUUCGGCAGUACGUUCAGUCCUAUUCCUUUAGUGAUUGCAGAAUAUCUUAACAUUUCUCUGUCCGGAGUAAAUUGGCUCUACAAUAUCAUGGGUAUAGCAUAUAUAAUUGUAAGUUGUUUUACCAGUUGGAUGUAUGAAAAAAUUGGAGUAAAACGAUCACUGUUCCUCGCAGGAGUACUUUUGUCGGUAGGAUGUUGGAUAAGAUGGAUCGCAGUCAAGAUCAACCCACCGUCUUUUGCAAUUAUGAUGCUUGGCCAGACCAUCGCUUCCAUUAGUGCUCCUAUGAGCUUGAACAUUAUGACUGUGUUUUCUUCUCUAUGGUUUACAGAAAACAUGAGAGCCACUGCAAGUGUGUUUAUUGCGUCCAACUACGGCGGCAUAAUCGCAAUGUUUCUUAUGCCUGCUAUUGCUACGGGAACGGACAAAAUUGAAUUUACUGUUAUCUUGGUUGCAUGCAUCUGUACGGUAGCAACUAUUCCAUUCUUAUUUAUUCCAGCCAGGCCACCGACGCCUGCUUCUUUACCUCCAGUCAAAGAUGACUGUUCUGAAAAAGAAAAUCGAGAUUCGCUUCUAAAAUUGAUAUUAAGUCUGAUCAAGAACGCUCAUUUCCUUGUUAUUCUAAUCAUUCACGGUAUUAACAUUGGAUUAUCCAUUGCAUGGAGUGGUCUUAUGAACCAGGCUAUUUCACCUUACGGUUAUACAAAUGGAGAAAUUGGUAAUAUUGCUGCUAUUGCUGUCGUGGGAGGGUCCUUUGGCUGUUUUAUUGCUGGACCCAUAUUGGACAAAACUAAGCAACAUAUAGUUUUGCUCAAGAUCAUAACACCGCUAAUUUUCACUACUUACUUGGCAUUUAUUUUCAUUAUCAAAACCGAUUCAUUUGCUGCCAUCUUGUAUGUAAGCUUCCUUAACCAGUUUCUUUUAUCAUUUAUCGUGCCCAUUUGUGUAGAGCUUGGUGUUGAAACUACUUAUCCUAUUACCGAAUCGAUUUCCACUUCGCUCUUAUGGCAGUUGGGACAGCUCACUGGAUUUAUUCUCGUGGUAAUUAUGGAUCAACUUCGAGACUCCAAUGGGAGUCCAAAGAACAACAUGUAUAAAGCUCUUAUAUUCCAGGCUGGCCUUGCAGGUGUAAUGGUCCUAUUUGCCAUGGUUUUCAAUGGUCCAAUGCUCAGAAUGUGUGCGUUACAAAAAGAGAAGGACAUUAAAAAGUUACAAGAAACAACAACAAAGGCCAUAGAAGCGGUAUCAUCAGAUUUUGAUAGACAAAGGUGCCUGAAUGAACAAGUUCCUCAAUACGAUAAUGGUUCUAGCGAAACUAUUGAAACAGUAAUAGCAGGAAGGAAUGUUCCUGAUCAUGUUAAUAUUGUAUAGUAAUUUGCUGUUGUUGUGUAUACUUCCAAUAUACAG